AUGGCAGCAGAGGGUCACGAGCACAAGGAGACAGCCACCCGCAAGCUCUCAAGGGAGACAGGCAUGCACAAGGGCAUGGAGAGCCACGGCAUCCUGGGAAAUGAGACGAUGCCCAAGAAGAUCGGGGAAGUACUGGGCACCAGGCCUGAGCAGAACAAAUUUUAUGCAUCUGAUCGGCUGCAAAUGGGAGGUCCAGAUGAGCGACCCAGCACAGCAGAAGCAGCAAGUAUGCAUACGAGGUACAAGCACCCCAAAAGGGUGCCUAUAUACCUCACGCUAGCAGGAGUUUUUACAGUGUUGACUGGUAUCCUGAUGCGGCAGCGCAUGCUUGACCCAGACAGCACGGGACCUGGAAAGGCCUCCGGUGUGAUGGCAGGCUUUGGCCCCUGCCCAACCAGCUUGGAGCAGCAGGCAGCACAGAAGCUCAUCAGUGAGAAGCAUGAGGAGCGGAAGCUGAUGGGACAGAAAGAGACGCAUGGCAUCUUGCCCAAUGAAUGGAUCGCCAAGAAGCUGAACAAGUGGCUGGGUCCGCCAGACCCCAAGCCAACCUCGCCGCCAAUCUACUAG